CCGACGAGGAAAUGGUUAUAUAGACAGACCAAAUCGCCGGGAGUGGUGAGGUACCAAGUCGUCUUCUCACGACUGGCCGAUGCCUGCGAUGGCAGCCUUGUAAUCCAAAUUAUUCUGCGUUGGGAGGGGCUGAGGGAUCGAUGAGGCUACUGGAAUUCCCUUGCGGCCGUCGAGCCUCCCUGCCGGAGGAGACGGCGCCAACGCCGACGGCGGAAGCUGGGGACACGCAGCCAGCGGCGGAGACUGCGCCGCCGGAGAAGCUUCUUCGAAGGGCGACGCGCGGGUGGGUGCCGCCGUGGCGGCCGUCUCUGCUGUCGAUCUCGGAGGACGGUGCCUCCGUGGGGACUCCGAGGCAGCCGGCGACGGUGGCGAAGAGCGGAGGAUCGGUGAAGGCGAAGGCGAAGGCGAAACCGGCUGUUAGAGCAGUGCCUCGUGCUACCAAAUACGACUACCAGCACUACGCCGUCGUGCCCGCAUUUGCUCCGAUGGUCUUCCUAUUCUAAGCAUCAUGGCAGUGAGUGAGUAUGAAGAAAUGUUUCGGAAGCAAAACCGAAUGCAUGCCUGUAAUUUCAUGUUGGUGCUGUUGAUGAUGAUAGAUGUUGGUGACUCUAUAUUUUUCUUGUCCUUUCUUUUGUCAUUUUGAUUAAGUUUGGAAAAAUAUGUACAUACUUGAUUGAUUAAAAUUGAAGGUGGUUCAUUUCACCAUGUGAUUUGAUGGAUUACUCUUUAUCUUGAGUAUUCGUAAAGAGGAAGAAGGGAAUUAAAAGCUUUCACACAAAAUGAUGGCAUUACCACCAUCGGUUGCGGUACGCUUCAACAUCGAUCCUAUACUCGAUGGUUGCACCCUCUUCGUGAAGACGACGUAUAUAUGAUCCCAACAGGGUCAUUUGCAUGCAUGUGAACAGGAGCUGCAUAGAGAGAGAGAGAUCCGAGUAGCUUAUUGUCUUCUAGCUUGGAAAGUGAACAUGAUGGACACGU